CGAAUUCUCAUCUUUUCUUCCAGAGGAAUAAAUUUCAGAACAAGACACUUAAUGCAAGACUUAAGAAACUUGAUGCCUCAUUCUAAACCAGAUACCAAAAUGGAUCGUAAAGACAAGUUAUUUGUGAUUAAUGAGGUCUGUGAAAUGAAGAACUGUAAUAAAUGUAUCUAUUUUGAGGCCAAGAAGAAACAAGAUCUUUAUAUGUGGCUUUCAAAUUCACCUCAUGGGCCAUCUGCCAAAUUCCUUGUUCAAAAUAUUCACACCCUAGCGGAACUAAAGAUGACUGGAAACUGUUUGAAAGGUUCUCGGCCCCUUUUGUCUUUUGAUCCUGCAUUUGAUGAAUUGCCACAUUAUACUUUGUUAAAGGAACUGUUAAUUCAGAUCUUUUGUACACCCCGGUAUCAUCCCAAAAGUCAGCCAUUUGUGGACCAUGUGUUUACUUUCACCAUUCUGGAUAAUAGGAUAUGGUUU